AUGGUGGCAGAAGUAAGCAAGCAAGCGUCAAGAGCUUUUCCAGAAUCGUUGCUGACUAUAGUACCUCCUUCCAGCUUCAUCAUGGGCACCAUCAUCGGCUUGACUGCCGGUUUGUAUCAGGCGCUCAAUCUCCUCGGUGCUGGUGGCGGCCAGCCUGACUCGGCCCAGACGGUACAGGUCGUCAAUGCAACGCUAUGUGCGGUCUACACAAUCUCUUCGGCCUUUGGUGGGACUGUAUUGAACUCGAUUGGGCCUGCUAUCACCGCUAUAUUGGGGAUCAUCGGUUACAUGCUAUACAUUGCAAGCCUUUGGUACUUCGAUCAGACUGGCCAUUCGUGGUUUCCAAUCUUUAGCGGUGUCGCAAUCGGAAUCUCUGCCGGCCUUAUCUUCGUAACCAUGGGGUCAAUUGCAAUGUCCUAUUCCGAGGAAGAAGAGCGAGGAUCCUUUAUCGCCAUCUCAAUCAACCUUCAAGCGGUGGGCUGCGUCAUUGGCGAUCUCAUUGCUCUGCUCAUCAAUCGGAACGCAAUAUCAGCUACUGGUGUACCGGUCGCAGUAUAUAUCGUCCUCAUUGCUAUGAUGGGUGUUGGCUGCUUACUUGCACUGACAUUACGACCUCCUUCGAAAGUCAUCCGAGAUGACGGCACGCAAGUGGCGACCCUACACACUCGAGGCUUCGUCGAAGAAUUCAAGGCCAACCUGGAGAUCUUCAAAGAGUGGAAGCUGCUGCUCAUGAUACCAGCAUUUUUACCCUCUGAAUGCUUCCUGGUCUACGGCGGGUCGGUCAAUGCCUAUCGCAAUGACCUCAGGACAAGGUGUCUUCUGUCAUUUUGCGCCGUUGUUCUCCAGAUCCCGGCAGGGUACGGACUCCAGAAGAUCCUCGAUCACAAGACGUGGACACGCCGAAAGAGAGCCUUGAUCGGUCUCGCUGUAGUUGGAAUCCCACUCUUGGCUGCUUGGAUCUGGGAGAUUGUGCGAACGCGCAACUACAAUCGUCAUGAGAUUCCGGCCCACGCUCUUGACUGGACGGAUGACGGUUUCGCACCCAUCUUCGUCCUGUUCAUGUUAAACUGGGUCUCCAGCAUCCUCAUGCAGUACGUUAUUCUCUACUAUCUCAGCUGCUUGACAAACUUGCCUACCAAAGCCGCCAAUUAUGCUGGUGUAUAUCGAAGCUUCCUGGCUGCUGGAGAAGCCAUCAUCUUUGGCCUUGACUCUAUCGCGAUCCCAUACAUCAAAGAGGCUGGAGUCCUCUUUGCUUUCUAUACUACUGGCAUAAUCGUCUUCAUCUAUCUCGCGGCCUUCCACAUCACUGACACUCAGUACUUUACUGGCGAGGAAGGCGUUGUCAUCCCCAACCAUGUGCUACAAGAACAUGAGCAUGAGCUCGGCGACGUCUCGAUGAAACGCUCAGAGCCAGAUGCAGAGCAAAAUGUGGUGAUGCGCCCGGAGAAGCAUGAUUGA